AUGCUCCAGCCCCGAAGCCGCGCCCCCAACCGCCUCCUCAUCUCUUCUCCCGCGGCCUCCCCCCUACCCCCGCUCCACCGCCCCGUCCCCGCAGCGGCGCCCGCCGUCUCCCCGAACCCUAGCCUCGCCGCAGCCCUCAAGGCCGACGCCGUCCUCGGCCUCGUCCUCUCCACCGGAGGCGCCCCUUCCUCCGCCCCUGCGGCGCAGCAGCAGUACAAGAAGUUGGAAACAAGUGCUCAAAUGGGGGCGUCUCUCAGCUUCCCCAGCAACGGGAAGCAAACACUGGAGCACAGGGAAGCGCCAAAACCAGGUUCCUCAAAGAAGCUGCGCCCUGGUCAUUACCACCCGAGGCUGAUUCCUGACCUCCCGGAUGAGAUCUCCCUGCAAAUCCUCGCGAGGAUGCCAAGGGUGUGGUAUCUUAGCAGCAAGAGGGUUUCACGGAGCUGGAAGGCCGCCAUCACUGGCAUGGAGUUGUAUCGGGUGAGGAAGGAGCUUGGUGUGGAUGAGGAAUGGAUUUACAUACUGACCAAGGCGGCCAAUGGCAAGCUGUCGUGGCACGCCUUUGAUCCGCUUUGCAGCCGAUGGCAGAGACUGCCGCUCAUGCCUGUGGUUGCUCGUGGGGGAAGCCGUUUAGGGGGUUUGGUGAGUGCUGGGAUUAGGAUCUCUGGUGUCAUUAGAGGCUUGCUUGGCCAAGAGGAUUGGUUAGACAAGAUUCCCUUUUGUGCUUGCGCCAUUGGAACGGUCGAUGGAUGCCUCUAUGUUCUGGGCGGUUUCUCUAGAGCCACAGCAAUCAAAAGCGUAUGGAAGUAUGAUCCAGCUGUAAAUUUGUGGCAGGAAGUAAGCUCAAUGAGCGCCGCGCGAGCGUUUGGCAGGACUGGCCUUUUGAACAACAAGCUGUAUGUCGUUGGCGGUGUCAUCAGGGAACAAACUGGAUUAGCUCCGCUUCAAUCUGCUGAAGUGUUUGACCCAACCACAGGAAUCUGGGCAGAUGUGCCAAACAUGCCCUUCUCUAAAGCACAAACUCUGCCGACUGCAUUCCUGGCUGACUUACUGAAGCCGGUUGCUACAGGAAUAGUCUCAUUUGGAGGCAAGCUGUAUGUGCCUCAGAGCCUAUAUUCCUGGCCAUUCUUUGUUGAUGUUGGCGGGGAGGUGUUUGAUCCUGCGACGGACUCAUGGUCAGACAUGCCUGUAGGCCUGAGCGAGGGUUGGCCUGGGAGGCAAGCCGGGACAAAAUUAAGUGCUGUUGUGGGUGGGGACCUAUAUGCUUUGGAGCCCCCAACUUGUUCUGAUAGCGGCAAGAUAAAGAUGUACGAUCCCAAUGAGGAUACAUGGAAGGCUGUUGUCAGCCAGGUGCCUGUUGGUGACUUUGCAGAGUCAAAGUGUCCGUACUUGCUUGCGGGGUUUCUUGGGAAGCUCCAUUUGGUGAUCAAAGAUGCAAAUAGCAAGGUCAGUAUUGUGCAAACGGACGCUCUAAGGCCUAUGGAUGCAACUGGCUCGACAUGCCAAAACCCAGACGUCUCCUGGGAGCAAGGCGCUGAUGUUUGGAGAACUGUGGGCUCGAAGAAAUUUGCGGUUGCUGAACUUGUUAGCUGCCAGGCGCUCAGCAUAUGA